CCACCCCUUGAAUCCAGUAUCCGAGUAGACCCGAGGAAAUCGCGCACCGAAUGAUUCCAUCGUGAUCACACCCGAUACUACGCCCUGAUCGUAGCCGAAGAGCAGGCCACCCAGGGUUGAGAACUGCAAAAGAUCGGGGCUAUGGUUAGAGGUAGCCCGUCAUCGUGCAGGAUAUGCGGAACCCCCAGCCGCGAGAGAGAUACGGCCGUCGAGGUAGGGGGAGAGACUCACGGAAGCAACCCCUAGGAGAUACGGGUUUCGGCGAAUAAGCGCAAAGCCACCAUCGGGGGCAGUAUUGACAGCUGACUCCAUUGCUCUUGCGUUGUUGCACGGAUGUGCGGUGCAGAUGUAGUGGAUUGCUUUGGAUAAUGCCGAGAGAGGGAGGGAGAAACAGAGAAAGGCCACACUCUAUUUGAAUGCUCCGUUUGCUCUCUUGUGCAAAGUCCAUCAACCCCUCACGCUGGAGAUGAGGUCCAUCGCACGACAGUCCGCCGUUCUUGCCGUUCUCGCCGUCGUCUGUAAAGUGGAAGUGAAAGGACAGGACCGAGUCAAGUCCGAGUGGUCGGAGGUGAAGCGUCCGGACCAAAUUGUCGAGAGAGAAGCGUCGGCAUCCUCUGAGCCGACGGAGGUGGGCAUCACGAGAUGCCAGAAUGCGGGGAGAGAAAGUCUUGAGGCGGGGAAAUCCGUCCACCCGCCGAUCAUCAAUUGGCGACUCACUUCACAGUUCACACCGUGUAGGACAGAUGAUAUCAUCGACGCCUGGCUCGGAGAUGACAGCAAAGAUACUAUUCCCGAGAGUGUGUCCGGUUGGAAGCAAGGGGGAAUGCCUCGUCAUCAACCCGUGAAGACAGGCUGAAGAACCGAUCAAGGGAUCGGAGUAUAAACUCGACCGACGUAGGCAGUAUGAACGGACCUUAUUUUGACCUUGAUGCCAGUAAGAAUAGAGUACCUGGCCAAUCGGUAUGGCCAUGUUUCUAUUUUUCAAAGUAGAUGAAGCGUUACGGCAAAACCCUAGCGAGAUCUCGAUCGACAGGAGACCAAGAACCAUGGAUCUUUCAUAGAGCGACUCGAUUGAGUAAUGUCAAGGACUGCAGAACUAUAAAAAGUAAACCACACCGUCGGGCAGUCUUCAGUUCGGCAUACCUCCCAAUUCCCAACCUCACCUUAUCGGCAAGGGUUGCUUUCCUUGCGUGAGGGUGAAAGUCGAGGCAGA